AUCCUGGCCCUGGCUAGGUCGUUCCCGGUAGCGGGAACGCGAACGCUGCUCGCUGCCUGCCCGACCAGGCCCGAGGGGCGGGCCUCAGGCCUCGGUCUCGCCUGAGCCUGCGGCCCGCCGCUUCCCGGCCACAGUGCCCGGUGACGCCGCCAGCAUGCUGCAGAAGCGGGAGAAGGUGCUGCUGCUGAGGACCUUCCAGGGCCGGACGCUGCGGAUCGUGCGUGAACACUACCUGCGGCCCAGCGUGCCUUGCAACAGCCCGCUGUGCCCGCAGCCCGCCGCCUGCCGCAACGAUGGGAAGCUCCUGUCUGCCGAAGUGACUCAUUAUGUGAUCCCAGACUGGAAAGUUGUCCAGGAUUACCUUGAGGUCCUGGAGUUCCCGGAGUUGAAGGGAGUCAUUUUCAUGCAAACGGCCUGUCAGGCUGUGCAGCACCAAAGAGGACGGAGACAAUAUAACAAACUGCGAAACCUCCUGAAGGAUGCUCGUCAUGACUGCGUUCUCUUUGCUAACGAGUUCCAGCAGCACUGUUACCUCCCCCGGGAAAAGGGGGAAGCCAUGGAGAAGUGGCAGACCAGGAGCAUUUACAACUCAGCUGUUUGGUACUAUCACCACUGUGAGGACAGGAUGCCCAUCGUUAUGGUGACAGAAGAUGAAGAGGCCAUUCAGCAGUAUGGAAGUGAAACAGAAGGCGUAUUUGUCAUUUCUUUCAAGAAUUACCUGGACAACUUCUGGCCAGAUUUGAAGAGUGCCCAUGAGCUCUGUGACUCCAUCCUUCAGUCUCGCCGGGAAAGGGAGACUGAGAGUCAGGAAACCCAUGGGAAAGAGUACCCGGAACAUCUUCCCCUGGAAGUACUGGAAGCAGGCAUCAAAUCUGGACGCUACAUCCAGGGAAUUCUGAAUGUCAACAAGCACAGAGCUCAGAUUGAAGCUUUUGUUCGCCUACAGGGAGCCAGCAGUAAGGACUCAGGCUUGGUCAGCGACAUCCUCAUCCAUGGCUCGAAGGCUCGGAACCGCUCCAUCCAUGGAGAUACGGUGGUGGUGGAGCUGCUCCCCAAAAGUGAGUGGAAAGGAAAAACCUCCGCCCUGUGUGAGAACGACAGCGAUGACAAGGCCUCGGGCGAGUCCCCGAGCGAGCCCAUGCCCACAGGUCGAGUGGUAGGCAUCCUUCAAAAGAACUGGCGAGAUUAUGUGGUGACAUUUCCAUCCAAAGAAGAGGUCCAGUCUCAGGGCAAAAAUGCUCAGAAGAUCCUGGUUACACCGUGGGAUUACAGAAUCCCCAAGAUCCGCAUCAGCACCCAGCAGGCAGAAGCCCUCCAGGAUUUCAGGGUGGUCGUGCGCAUUGACUCCUGGGAGGCAACAUCGGUGUAUCCAAAUGGACACUUUGUGCGUGUCUUAGGGAGAAUCGGUGAUCUGGAAGGGGAGAUUGCAACCAUCCUGGUAGAGAACAGUAUCUCUGUGGUCCCCUUCUCCGAAGCCCAGAUGUGUGAGAUGCCAGUGAACACACCAGAAAACCCUUGGAAAGUGAGUCCCAAAGAAGAGCAAGAACGGAAGGACCUGAGGACCACCCAUCUUGUGUUCAGCAUCGACCCCAAAGGUUGUGAAGAUGUAGAUGACACACUCUCAGUCAGAACCUUGAAUAAUGGCAACCUGGAGCUGGGGGUCCACAUAGCUGACGUCACACACUUUGUGGCUCCCAACUCUUACAUCGAUGUUGAAGCUAGAACGAGGGCCACCACUUACUACCUAGCCGACCGUCGCUAUGACAUGCUGCCCUCCAUCCUCAGCGCAGACCUCUGCUCCCUCCUGGGGGGUGUUGACCGGUAUGCUGUGUCAGUCAUGUGGGAAUUAGAUAAAACCUCUUAUGAAAUUAAGAAGGUGUGGUAUGGCAGAACCAUUAUCCGAUCAGCUUACAAACUGUUCUACGAGGCGGCCCAGGAACUACUGGACAGAAACUUCAGCAUUGUUGAUGAUAUUCCAGAACUUAAAGCCUUGGACAAGCAGAGCCAACAGGCCAAACUAGAGGAGUUAGUGUGGGCAAUUGGAAAGUUGACAGACAUAGCUCGCCACAUCCGAUCAAAGAGAGACCGCUGUGGAGCCUUGGAGCUGGAAGGGGUGGAGGUUCGAGUCCAGCUGGAUGACAAGAAGAACAUUCAUGACCUCAUCCCCAAGCAGCCCCUGGAAGUUCACGAGACAGUGGCUGAAUGCAUGAUCCUAGCCAACCACUGGGUGGCCAAGAAGAUCUGGGAGAGCUUUCCCCAUCAGGCUCUGCUGCGCCAACACCCUCCUCCACACCAGGAGUUUUUCUCAGAGCUCCGGGAAUGUGCUAAAGCAAAAGGCUUCUUCAUAGACACACGGUCUAAUAAAACCCUGGCUGACUCUCUGGAUAGUGCAAACGACCCCAAGGACCCCCUGGUAAACAAGCUGCUGCGCUCCAUGGCCACCCAGGCCAUGUCCAACGCGCUCUACUUCUCCACCGGAUCCUGCACGGAGGAGGAGUUCCAUCAUUACGGGCUGGCCUUAGAUAAAUACACCCACUUUACUUCUCCAAUAAGAAGAUAUUCAGAUAUUGUAGUGCAUCGGCUAUUAAUGGCAGCCAUCUCAAAAGACAAGAAAAUGGAGAUUAAAGAAAAUUUGUUCAGCAACAAAAAUCUUGAGGAAUUAUGCAAACACAUCAACAACAGAAACAGAGCGGCACAGCGUUCUCAGAAGCAGUCCACUGAGCUCUUCCAGUGCAUGUACUUUAAAGAUCGAGACCCAGAAACUGAGGAGCGCUGCAUAGCUGAUGGAGUUAUUUAUUCCAUUAGAACAAAUGGUGUACUUGUAUUUAUACCAAGGUUUGGGAUUAAAGGUGCUGCUUAUCUGAAGAAUAAAGAUGGCUUAGUGAUUGCCUGUGGCCCAGAGGGCAGCUCUGAAUGGAAGCCAGGAUCCCUACAAAGAUCUCAAAACAAGAUCAUCUCUACCACAGCUGGAGGGCAGUCUGUUACAUUUCAUCUAUUUGACCAUGUGACAGUAAGAAUUUCUGUCCAGGCCUCACGCUGCCACUCUGAUACAAUCAGGCUUGAAAUAAUAAGCAACAAACCAUACAUGAUCCCAAACACAGAACUCUGUCACCAGAGCUCCCUGCUGAAGAGUGAGUUAGUGAAGGAAGUAACCCGAUCUGUGGAGGAAGCACAGCUUGCACAAGAAGUCAAAGGCAAGGUGAUUCAGGAAGAGCAUCAAGAAUACUGCCAGACAAAGGGAAGAAGUCUGUACACACUUCUGGAGGAGAUAAGGGACCUAGCUCUUCUGGAUGUCUCUGAGAGUUGUGCAAUGUGAAAUACUUCCAUGUCAUUAAAGACCUUUGUCUUAA